UCGACGCAGAUACUUCUAGGUUUUCCCGUCAACCAAUUUCGAACCCAGUGUCUCUCUCAUCGUUCUUUUCGCUUAAACCCUAAAAUCCCUUCCUCGAGGAGGUCGAUGCGGAGCUCAGCCCUGUUGAUUUCCGAUAUGUUGGAGGAAAUUAUUGCGUCGCAACAGCCAACAUUGUUCGCCGUCGUCGCUUUGAUGUGACUGGCCGUGUCUAUGUCGUCUUCGAAAUAGAGGUUAAGUUCAGGGCAUGAUAGUUGAGCGGGGUUUAUACACUGAGGUUCUUCGUGUAUCUUAGUUUGGAGUUGAGUUCGAUGUGAGUGGAGUUCGGUUUUGAGGGAGCAAGGGAAUUGGCUUUGGGUAAUUCGAGCACUUCGAGGAUUUUAGAUUAGUGGAAAUGCCGCUGGCACAGAGAGCAGGUGAUAAUAGCGAGGCGCGGUAUUGUGGGGUAGAGGUAGGGUUUAGUGAUGAUAUCCAGAAUACGUUGGCAUUUGCCCUGGGUGGGCAAUUUGAUUUCAUUGUAGCGCCUCUGACAGAUCCUGAGUACCGGCCUAGCAAAGGAAAGGAGGGGCCUCCCCCAUUCUCAGGGUCGGAUUUGGUGCUCAGCCCGUCGCAAUGGAGCAGUCAUGUGGUGGGUAAGAUGAGUGCGUGGAUUGACCUUGACUCGCCUGAUGCUCUAGCUCGCCAGGAUGCUGAGUUGACUUUAAAGCAAGAGCUUAGUUGGGCUCAACAUCUCUCUCUGCAGGCGUGUUUAUUGCCGACCCCGCGGCCUCUUGAGUGUGCAAAUUAUUCACGCUGUGUAAAUCAGUUGCUUCAGGGACUCAGCAAUUUGCAGAUCUGGUUGCGGAUUCCGCUCAUCGCUCCGGAGCUUCAAGCUGUUGAAGGCACUGUCGAAGAGGAUACUGCGUUCUUGAAACGAGAGCCGGUUUCUGGAAAGCCUCUCAAUGAUUCUUGGGAAUGGUGGAACAUGUUUCGGUCGCUGUGUGAGUACCACUGCCAGCUUUCUGUUGUGUUGGACAUUACGGGCUCUUUGCCUUCCCCGGCUUCCUUGAAGCGGUGGAUAGGGGAGCCUCUGAGAGCUGUCAUCAUUCAUACAAGUGCUUUCUUAACUAACAAAAAGGGAUACCCUUGCCUUUCUAAGAGACAUCAGAAUUUCAUCACCACUCUCUUCAAUCACAACGUUCAGAUUAUCGUAUCUGGAGAGUCGAUGCACCACGUGGAUAGCCUAGACCCAACCACAGCCAGCAGUGAGAGCGGUGCUAAUGGAUCCGAGGAUGGGGCUUACCCGAGGCAUCACUUGAGACCUUACUUAGAGUAUAUUUCACACUUGUAUCGACACAUGGAUCCCCUUACAGAGCAGGAGAGAUUCGAAAUAGGGUACCGAGAUUUUCUACAAGCGCCCUUGCAACCUCUUAUGGAUAAUUUGGAGUCUCAAACGUACGAAACGUUUGAGAAGGAUGCCACCAAAUACAACCAGUAUCAAAAGGCAGUUUAUGCUGCGCUUGUGGAUCGUGUGACAGACGAUGAGACGACGGUUGUACUCAUGGUUGUGGGCGCUGGACGGGGGCCAUUAGUGCGGGCAUCAUUGCAGGCCGCCGAAGAUGCUGGGUGCAGGUUGAAAGUUUAUGCAGUCGAGAAGAAUCCAAAUGCGGUGGUUACUCUUCAUAGUUUGAUCAAGAUUGAGGGUUGGGAAGAUCUAGUGACUGUUGUAUCAUGUGAUAUGCGGGAAUGGAAUGCCCCGGAGAAGGCUGACAUACUUGUAAGUGAGCUUCUAGGUUCGUUUGGGGACAAUGAGCUUUCACCUGAAUGUCUAGAUGGAGCUCAAAGGUUUUUGAAACAAGAUGGUAUCUCCAUACCAUCAUCAUACACCAGCUACAUAUGUCCUAUCACUACGUCGAAACUGUACAACGACGUGAAAUCAUACAAUGAUCUCGCCCAUUUUGAGACAGCAUAUGUAGUGAAACUUCACAGUGUGUCGAUGUUGGCUCCCCCUCAAGAAGUGUUUACUUUUGAACAUCCUAAGUUCACUGGGGAUAAGAUUGAUAAUGGACGAUACAAAAAGCUGUUGUUUCAGCCGCCAGAAGACACAGGCAGUGCCCUGGUGCAUGGUUUUGGAGGCUAUUUUGAUGCCGUGCUAUAUAAAGAUGUUCACCUUGGGACUGAGCCGUCUACUGCUACACCCAAUAUGUUUAGUUGGUUUGCUAUAUUUUUUCCUCUUCGAAGGCCUGUUUACAUACCUGCAGGAUCAGCUGUAGAACUUCACUUUUGGCGUUGUGUAGCACCCAGCAAAGUUUGGUAUGAAUGGGCAGUCUCUUCACCAGAUGUUUCACCCAUUCACAAUGCUAAUGGUCGCUCAUAUUGGGUGGGCUUGUAGGACAAAAAGUUUGAGCAAUUUCUUUGCCAUUUGUUAUUGAAUUUUCUGGGUCUUUUAUUCGCAAAGUCUCCGGUUUCUAAUGUAUAUGUGGCUUAUUAGGUAGUCAGAGAUCUACAACUUGGUGCAGCUCUGUUUGACUGCCUCAGAAACGUCAUUGUUUAGGUCUUGAAAGCUUUUCUGUACUCGAAUAGUGUCAAAGUUAGUGCUUUUAGUAACUCUGCUUACAGAUGGCAAAUCAGUUUUUUUAAUUUUUUAUGUUUCACACGAGCUUGAUCAUUUUUAGCCCCCACUUAUGCCAAUCAUUUAUUUUAAGAUUUUUAAUCUUCGUAAA